AGCUUCCGUUUUUUCUAACAGGCGCAGCUUUUGUAGUUAUUACGGUAGUGGUUUAGCGGAUGAGGAAGCGCAUUGACCAAUUGCAUGCGAGUAAAGCCAUCCCAUGUGAUACUACUCAGCCAAUCAAGUCUGUGCAUUCACGGCGGUAAACAUUGCGACGCUGCCGACAGAUGACAGAGUUAGAGGCAAGUAAGACACGAAAAUACGGUAGAAAGAAAAGGAAAGAUAGCGGUACAGGUAGAGAGAAACAAAGGAGUGAGUCGGAGAGAAGGAAAGAAGCAGGAGUGAGACGGAGAAAAGUAAAGAAGCAGGAGUGAGAAGGAGAGAAGGAGAGACACAGGAGUGAGACGGAGAAAAGGAAAGACACAGGAGUGAGACGGAGAAAUGUAAAGAAGCAGGAGUGAGACGGAGAAAAGUGAAGAAGCAGGAGUGAGACGGAGAAAAGUAAAGAAGCAGGAGUGAGACGGAGAGAAGGAGAGAAGCAGGAGUGAGAGGGAGAAAAGGAAAGAAGCAGGAGUGAGACGGAGAAAAGAAAAAAAAACAGGAGUGAGCCGGAAAGAAGGAGAAAAACAGGAGUGAGCCGGAGAAAACAUAAGAUACACAUGUCGCUCUCCAAAAAAAGAAAAGUGGACAGCGAAAAUAGAGCAUUCAAUCCGGAAUGGACAGACUCAUUUCUGUUCAUUCUUCCCACUGGGAGCACUAAACCAGUGUGUCUCAUAUGUUCAGAGACUGUGGCACUUAUUAAAAGUGCCAAUGUGAAACGCCAUUAUGAGACAAAACAUAAAGGUUUUGAACAAACAUACCCACCUAAAUCUGAAGUGAGAUCACAGAAAAUAAGUGGUCUCAGAGCCCAAUAUGUCCAGUCCACCAGGAUCCUGAGCCACUCAUUCACUGCCCAACAACGUGCUCAUGAGUGUUCCCUCAGAGUUGCUUGGAUUUUGGGUCAACACAAAAAGCCAUUUACUGAUGGAGGGGUUAUCAAAGAAUGCAUGAGUGCAGUUGCCGAAACACUUUUGACGGAAAACAACAACAACAGGUAAAAAAGAAGAAAAGGGAUGAGGCCCUCAUCAAGGAAAAGAUGCAGCGUACAUUCUCCCUCAGGAGACAGGAGGUUCUCCAGGAGCCAAAGAUUCCAGAGUUUUUCAAUAAAUGGCCAGCACUCUUUGACGUCAUUGAGAUCAACUUGGAGUUUAUGCGGCUGACAACUGUACCACUGACCUUAACAUUUUUGAGGGAACUGGACCGCCUGACCGGCGACCUGAUCAGGGUUUUCAACACUAAAGGGGGAGCUACAGGGGAAAAAAUCGGAGCCAUGAUGGCAAAGAUGGAGAAUGCAGCUGAGGAUCUGAGGCAGACUAUAAAGCCAAAGCCGGAUGUGAAGAGGUCAAAUGCUUCGUUGGAUAAAGUGCAGUCUCUUCUGUCUUCCCGGAAAUCCUUGCGUCUUAAGGAAGCACAAAACCUUAGCCUCAGAGUAGGACGAACCUAUGAACAUGACAUCGAAUGCAGUGAGGCCGAGGCAGAUGUCGCAGGGACAACCAUGGCAAUCUACACCGUUCAAGCUGAGGGUGAUGAUCAUGAUGGUCCUGGUGGACUCUUUGCAGAUGUCGGUAUGGUCCUGGAAGGGGUCCAAGUUCUCAACAACCUCCAAAGUAUCAACCAUGCAUGCGUAAUGCUUUAUGGGUUGGUCUAUGCUCUUAAUUUGAGCUAUCCAAAAAACUUGAAGUAUACAUUCAAAGCUUACCAGAAGAUCCUGAUGGACCUGGAAUCGUCCAAGCCUUCAGCCAAAGUACGAGCACUGAAACUCAAAUUGCUCAGGUGACUCUUUUUUUGGGGUGGGGUGGUGAUGGGAGGAGGAAGUACAGGAAGAGACCUAUGUUCUACUACUAUAUGUUUAAUGUUGUUGAGCCUGAAGAGUUUGUUCUGUCCUUUCAUAUCCCAUUACUGCGAUCGUUCCAGCAGAUACAGAUGUAAGGAAUGUUGUUGAGCCUGUAGUUUGUUUGUUUGUUCUAGAUCUAGAAAAAAGAGCAGGUCCUUUACUGCCAUUGUUGGAGCAGAUACUAACUUGCCUCUGUUCUAUUGCAAUUACAAAACAUGUUUCAUGUUCCAUCUAUAGCAGUAGAUUACUUGGUUGAAGAGCUACACUACCUGCUGAGUACAGUGUCUGUGUGAAGAGAAGCGUUAAUAAAUUAGUUGAAUCAACAA